UUGUGAGGGAACGUCUCCCCGUCAAGAGCCGACGUCAUCGCGCCGGUGGUGAUGACGUCACCGGACGGGGGACGGCCGUGUCAUGGCGGAGGCACACAGUUUGGAUGACCUUUCGCGCCAGGCCUUCCUUCUCACCAAAGUGUACGUGCAGCGCGACUACUCGGAGGGAACCUCCUGCCGAUUCCAGAUCAAGUUCCUGCCUGAGCUGGAGCCCCGGAUCGAGAAGAACCUGUUUGAGGACACCGUGCGGACCUUCAACAAGCUCUACACGGAGGCAGAGAAGAUUGGAGCGCACUCGUAUGUGGAGAGCUGCCUGGGCUGCCUCACGGGAUACACUCUCUUCAUGUGCAUGGAGACGCGCUACGAGAAGGUGCUCAGGAAGAUCUCCAAGUACGUGCAAGAGCAGAACGAGAAGAUCUACGCGCCACGCGGCCUGCUCAUCACUGACCCCAUCGAGAGAGGCCUCCGCGUGAUUGAGAUAUCGAUCUAUGAAGACAAAGGCAGCAGUGGCGGCAGCCGAUAAAGCGGUCCGGUCUCCAGAGACACUGAUGGACAGAGCCGCUCCUCCCGUAAAGGCCGUUUACAUGCGGAAUACAUCAACACAGCCGCAUUCUGUAUUUGUAAGGUAUCACUACGGGUGUUGUGUCAGCAUGGUCUUAGUAGAGAAACGCUUGCUAAAUAUUUACCCAGUGCUCACUGCAUCAGCUUUUUAGUUUGUCAGUCAUUUUUACGGAAUCAUUAGUGACAUUUUAUAUGUAUAAUUGUCAUGACCAAGUAUUGCGAAGUUGUGCUGUUGCCAGUCACCCUGUGCACGCGUCAAGACUCGGUAACGGUUCGCCUGUGUACACACGCAACACUUUGUACAGUGUGCGCAUUGUAA